AUGAAGCGACCUAUGUGCACUAGUAUCCUGAGUGGGAGGUCAUAUGUGAUUGAAGUACUAGACGGAAAUCCCCAAGUGUGUUACGACAUAUUCCACAUGGACAAGACCAUUUUUAGGCACUUGUGUAAUGAGUUGAAGUGGCUACACCUAUUAGAGGAGGACACUGGUAUUGUUUCAGUUGAGGAGGCCGUUGGGACAAUGCUAUAUAUCGUCAGACACAACGCUGACUACCGGCUAACUGCCAACCGCUUCCAACAUUCUCUUGAGACCAUUCAAAAGCGGUUCCGACUUGCCUUGUGUGCUAUCCAUGCUUUAGGAUGUCUCAUCAUCCAACCCAACACUGAUGCAGCUGAGCUUCCUCAUUCACUUCGAGGUAAUGAUGAGAAAUAUUACCCAUGGUUUGAGAAAUGCGUGGGGGCCAUCGAUGGGACGCACAUAAGUGCUUCUACCCCAUCCGGUAGGACCACCGCAUGCAUAGAUAGACGAAGUGACAUCACCCAAAACGUGAUGUGUGCAUGCAACUUCAACAUGCGGUUUACGUAUGUGCAUUCUGGAUGGGAAGGGAGUGUGAAUGAUUCACAAGUCAUGCAGGACGCACUUGGACAUGCCGAGUAUGAGUUCCCUUGUCCACCUAGAGGGGUGUCCAACCAGACCCGUCAACCGACCCACCCGGCUGACCCGGACCGAGAACUGGCCGACCCGACGCCGGCGACGGUCGGCGACGGAUCUCUGCUCCCAAAACCCGAGACCGGCGGGUCGGUUGACGGGAUCGUACUACCUCGUGACUCGGGGUACGCAAUAGGCAAUGCAUUCCUCCCCCCACACAAGUCCGUACGCUACCAUGCCCAAGAGUUUCGGGGUGCGAAUCAGCAGCCUACUACCCCGCAAGAGUUGUUCAAUUAUAGGCAUUCAUCAUUGCGGAUGGUGAUUGAAUGCUGCUUUGGCGUGUUGAAGGCGAGGUUCCUGAUCCUGAAUGACAAGCACUCCUUCUCCCUCUCUAGACAACGGCUAAUUGUGACUGCUUGCUGUGCACUGCAUAACUUUAUCCGCAUGUAUAACCGGGCGGAUGAAAUGUUCCAUGUGUGGGAAGGAUCAUUUGUGCAUAACAGCGAUGCAAUCAUAGCGGGAGCUGCACGCGUAGGCAGUGGGGGCACUGAAGAAGCUUUUAAUGCUCGAGCACAACGAGCGAUGUCGGAGUAUCGUGAUACGAUAACUGCUGCUAUAUGGGCAGAUUACACAGGCAACCGUGAUUGA